AUGGAAGGUCAGUGUAAUUCAGAGUAUUCCAUUAUAAAGUCUAAGUGUGUCUUCGUUGGUGAACAUGGCGUGGGGAAGACAUGCAUUAUACUGCGUUUCAUGCAUGAUACUUAUGACCCGAGUUAUCACGCUACAAUAGGAAUUGACUUUGUUUCAAAAACUCUGUGUUUCAACGAAAAAUCUGUACGUUUGCAGCUAUGGGAUACUGCAGGCCAGGAAAGAUUCCGCAGCCUUAUUCCAAGCUAUAUAAAGGACUCAUCAGUUGCUAUUGUGGUUUAUGAUGUGACAAGUCGUGAGUCAUUUAUCAAAGCUAGUGAAUGGAUCAAAGAAAUUCGUGCUGAACGUCCAUCGAAAACCUUGAUAUUUCUUGUUGGCAAUAAAGUUGACUUAACCGAUGACCGUGUUAUAUCUACUGAAGAAGCAGUUGAAAAAGCUGAAAAAGAACGCUUAUUCUUUAUUGAAACAAGUGCUAAGACAGAUUUCCAAAUAAAAAAAGUGAGUAAAAAAUUUGAAUUUUAUUGUAGGAUUAUUCCCAUUUACUUUAAUUGUCUACACAUCUUAUAG